AUGGCAAGCAACGUCUGCUCCCCGGAGCACUGGAAGAGCCCUGCAUCCCCGACUGCGGAUCGUUGUGGCAGCCUGCUGGAGUACAACAAAGCCAUCAACGCUUGCGUGAAGCAGUCGCAGUGGCAACGAGCAUUGGCUUUGGUGCCCGAGCUGGAAGAGUACGAACUUCAAGCUUCGCUAGUGACCUACAACACAGCAGCCAGUGCUUGUGUCCGCGGAGCGCAGUGGGAAUUGGCAUUGUCGUUCCUGCAUCAGCUACAGCAUGGCCGUCUUGCGGAUGUGAUCACCUUCUCAACGACGCUGAGCUCUUUGGAGGUUGCUAGCCUGUGGGCCGAGGCUAUAACCCUUUUGCUGUCGAUGGCCGAUGUGGAAGUUGUCCGGAACUCCAUCACCUACAAUGCGGCCAUCAGUGCCUGUGCCAAAGGCUACUCGAACGAAUCUUCGACAUGUGAGGCAUGGGUAGUAGCGCUCUCACUGCUGCACGAGCUAGAACUGGAGAGAUUGGAGGCCUCCAUCAUCCCUUACAAUGCAGCCACCAGUGCCUGUGCCAAAGGAGGCCGCUGGGACCUUGCGGUAGCCUUGGCUGCCAGCCUCAAGCCGAGAAGCCUCGAGCCGGAUAUCGUCACGCAGAACUCUCUCAUCUCGGCGCUUGAGUUCGGCUUAUGGAAAGAGGCUGUGCUGCUGUUCAGUGAAUUGGCGGAGCUUUCUUUGCAACCUACCAUCGUGACCUUCAACUCGCUUUUGAAAACCUGCGCGACUGGAGAAGAGUGGCAACAAGCACUGAGCUUGCUGCCGGAAAUGAAGAAUCGAAAGCUCCUGCCAAACACGAUCACCUUGACAACGGCCAUCAGCGGCAGCACCCGCAGCUCUCAAUGGGAAAGCUCGCUGAUUCUUUUCCGCGACAUGAGACAAAGCACGGUUCUCGCAUACAAUGCAGCAAUCAGUGCAUGCGAAAGUCAGGGGUUGUGGGAGUACGCUCUCCAAUAUAUGGCCACCUGGAGCUUGAACUUCGCAAGUCAGGCUGAACUGUCGGCAGAGGGCUUCCAAGCGGACAUCGUCACUUACAGCACAGCGACACUGAGGCUGCAAGCUUGGACACUUCGUGUGCAGCUCCGUGCCACGUUGCCUGUUGUGUUAGUUUUGCGCAUGCAGUCUCAGGUGGAUGCGAUCGCCUACAAUGCCUCUAUCAGCUCCUGUGAGAAGGCAGCGAAGUGGGAGGAAGCUUUGGGCCUCCUCAGGCAGUUGGAGGCCUCUCCCGGGCUCCAGGCUGAUGUGUCCCUUGCCCCAAAUCUGCGACUCAUGCUCGUGCAGGAGGUCCUGGUGCUCGGGGGACACCUUGAAAUAGGUCCUGAGCACGACCGGAUGUCAGCUGUCAGAGAAAACUUCACGGCACUCCAUUCGAUUGCCGUGCGAGGCCGUUGGCGAGUUGCUCUCUCGCUCCUUGAUGAGGGCAGAAGCUUGCAGCUAGCAGCCACGACAGUGGCAUGCAACGGGACCAUGAAUGACACGGGAAGACCAUCUUCAGUUUUUGAAGUUGUCAAGAUAGCAUCGACAAGUCAAGUCAUGAUCGACGUUGUCUUGCAGGCCAGUGGCGAAUGCUCCGCCAUAUCUGCACGGGAGAAAGUCGGUCAGUGGGCGGCCGCGCAUUGGCUACUAUGGGAGCUCGAGGCCAUGAAAGUUCUUGCAGGAUGUUGGAGUGGAACUGUGGAGCACAAGGCUUUCAAGCUUUUGCGAAAGUUGCGCAUCUUGCCUUUGUUGCGCGUUUUAGCCCGAGGAUUCGAAAUGAAUGUUGCCACCUUCAAUGCGGCGGUGGGUGCGAAGCGGUGGCUGUCGCAGAUGCAAGAGGCGAGGGUGAACCCGAAUGCGGUCACCUACUCUUCGACCAUCCAUGCGCUGACGAAGGCAAAUCUGGUGGAAGAUGCGAUCGAAGCGCUAGUUGGCAUGGAGGAGUCGUCUCUGAAGCCGGAUGCGUCUGCUUAUGCGCGGGUGAUUACGGGCUUGGCCCGGGCAAACCGCGACCGCGAAGCAGCGGCGUGGCUACAAACCAUGUCAGAGGCCAAGCUCAGUCCCAACACGCCAGUCUACAACUGGGUCAUUGCAGCGUGCAAGAAGACUAAGAACGCUGAUUUGGCUGAAUCCAUGAUGCGUGAAAUGCUUGCAAAUGGUAUGAUGCCCAACGACUUUAGUGCCGUGGCAGCAUAA